CCGGCAGCCGUCGUUUUGGAGGACACCGAGACGGGAGAGACGAUCCUCGAAGAAGGAAGGACCACAUUCUACACCUCUUCGAUGCUCAGCGGUCUGGCCUUGGCCAUCAACAUGGUCAUCAUGUCUCUCUUUGCACGAGACAUUGUCCUCAACACCUUGGCGGACUUCAACUACAUGCGCCUCGUUCUCCUUGUCGCAACCCUUCCUCGCUUCUUCGUCUCCCAGUUCUUCUGCGAGCACGUCAUUCUGAUCAUUGCCCAGGUCUGCUUCCCAAUCUCUCAGAUGCACCGCAACUCUCUGUUCUACAGCAGCCAAAAGAGCAAGCCUCUGCCAGCGGACCACGCCCUGCCCCACUUCACCAUCCACAUGCCCUGCUACAAAGAAGGUCUUCAGACCGUCCUGGGACCCAGUCUGAACAGCGUUCGCGAUGCCGUCGAGGCUUACCGUCAAAGGGGAGGCACGGCCAACAUCGUCAUCUCCGAAGAUGGUCUCCGUCUCCUCGAUCAGAGCGACGCAGAGGAGAGGAUCCGGUUCUACAACGCCAUGGGAUGCAGCUGGGUCGCCCGUCCUGCCAACGGUGCAAACGGAUACGAGCGCAGGGGUCGCUUCAAGAAGGCUUCCAACCUCAACUACACGUACACCUUGUCCCUCGAAGUUGAGACAGCGAUGGCCCAAAUCUUCGAGCAGAACCCAAGCUUGGAUGUGUCGCAGGUCUACUCGCAGGCUUUGGAACAGGUUCUGGCAAGUCACAACGGUGACGCUUGGGCCAGCGGCGACAUUCGCAUGGGAGACUACGUCCUGCUCAUUGACUCGGACACCCGUGUGCCCGCCGACUGCCUCAUCGAUGCAGCCAACGAGAUGGAGCGUUCCCCCGAUGUCGCCGCGCUGCAGCACUGCUCCGGCGUUACCUUUGUGCAGCACCACUACUUUGAGCGCCUCAUGGGCUACUUCGUCGGUGUCUUCACCAACUUCAGCAUCUCCUGGGUUUGCGCAAACGGCGGCACGGCGCCGCUCAUGGGUCACAACGUCUUUUUGCGCUGGACCGCGCUGCAGCAGUGCCAAGGCAAGGUCGACGACCAGGGUGAGCGAUCCAUCUUCUCCUCCAAGCACGUUUCCGAAGACUACGAACUCGCCAUGAGGCUCCAGAUGGCCGGCUACUGCGUUCGCUGGGCCACCUACUCGAACCAAGAGUUCAAAGAAGGUGUCUCGCUGAACCCCGACGACGAAAAGGCGCGCUGGCAGAAAUACGCCUUCGGCGCAUGCGAGAUCGUUUUCAACCCCUUCUACAAGUGGUUCAUGGGCCCCAUUGCACCCCUCUUCUGGCGCUUCCUCUUCAGCCGAAAGGUCCACGCUUCGUCCAAGGCUUCUGCUCUCUCCUACCUCUCGUCGUACUUUGCCAUCGCCGUCUCCCUCCCCAUUACCAUCGGCAUGACGGUGGCACAGGGACUCUUCUGGCCGACCCUGGACUCGUCCUUCAAGCCCGUGUUCGACACCUGGAUUGCCGUCGUCGUCGUCUUCAACUUCGCUGGUGCCCUCGGUCUCAUCUUCUGCCGCGCCCGGAGUGGCCACAAGGGCUUCUUCAGCUCCGCCUGGGACGGUCUCCAGCAUCUCCCCGCCAUCAUCGUCUUCUUCUCCGGCAUCGCCUACCACGUCUCGUGCUCCGUCCUCGCCUACUUCUUCUCUGUCAACAUGACCUGGGGCGCCACCAGCAAGGACUACCAGCAGACUUCGAUCGGCCAGGUCAUCCGUCGCUUCUGGCAUUGCUACCUGGUCAUGGGCGUGCUUCUCGUUGCCAUUUCCAUCGGCAUGAGCCCGCUGCUUCCAAUGACGUGGCGCAUUGAAGGCUUCACAGUCCUCUUCCCACUCUUCCUGGCCAUCGUCAUGCACUUCCUCUUCCCCAUCCUUCUCGACCCCGGUAUUCUCCACAAGUUCAUGCCA